ACAGGCAGGGAAAGCCCUCACACACACACACAGAGAGAGAGAGAGAGAGUAUAGUGACUACAGACACAGUCUCCGGUCCUCUCUCUGCUCUCUGCUGGCUCCACACACCCACCGAGGGCUGCGCCUCUAAAACGGACUGAAUACAACACUUCAGCGACACUAAAAGCUGUAGUAGCAUUGAUUUCUCUGUGUUUUUGUAGAGGAAGGAGGAGGACAUGGCUGAUGUUAGUUCUAACGAGUCGUCCACCGCGGACGUGGCGAACAGGUUCGCUCGCAAAGGAGCUUUGAGGCAAAAAAACGUCCACGAAGUGAAGAACCACAAAUUCAUAGCCAGGUUCUUCAAGCAGCCGACUUUCUGCAGCCACUGCACCGACUUCAUCUGGGGGUUUGGAAAACAAGGAUUCCAGUGCCAAGUUUGCUGUUUUGUGGUCCACAAGAGGUGCCAUGAAUUAGUCACAUUCUGCUGCCCAGGGGCAGAUAAGGGGCCCGACACAGACGAUCCCAGAACGAAGCACAAGUUCAAGAUCCACACCUAUGGGAGCCCCACCUUCUGUGAUCACUGUGGCUCUCUGCUGUACGGCCUCAUCCACCAGGGCAUGAAGUGCGACUCCUGCGAUAUGAAUGUCCACAAUCAGUGUGUUAUGAACGUGCCCAGCCUGUGUGGAACCGAUCACACCGAGAGGAGGGGGCGUCUUUUCAUGAAGUGUGAGGUCACUGGUGAGAAGCUGUCGGUCACAGUGGGUGAAGGCAAAAACCUGAUCCCCAUGGACCCCAACGGCGCGUCUGAUCCGUACGUCAAGCUCAAGCUCAUACCAGACCCCAAAAAUGAGACCAAGCAGAAGACCAAAACCAUCCGGUGCAACCUCAACCCCAAAUGGAACGAGAGUUUUAAUUUCAAGCUGAAGGCUCAGGAUAAGGACCGCAGGCUGUCGGUGGAGGUGUGGGACUGGGACCGCACCACUAGGAACGACUUCAUGGGGGCCCUUUCCUUCGGCGUGUCAGAGCUCAUGAAGGCUCCAGUCACUGGCUGGUAUAAGUUAUUGUGCCAGGAGGAGGGGGAGUACUACAAUGUUCCCAUCUCAGAGGAGGACGAUGGAAAUGAGGAACUCAGGCAGAAGUUUGAGGGCCAAGCAGUUAUGGAAGACUCUGAUCAGAAAGCCAAGCUAGGCCCAGGUAAGAAGGCGAUCACCGAGGCGGACGGCGGCUCCAGCCACCUGCCUUUCACCAGCCUGAACCAGGUUAAGCUCAACGACUUCUCCUUCCUGGCUGUCCUCGGGAAAGGGAGCUUCGGCAAGGUCAUGCUGGCAGAGAUGAAGACCACUGAAGAGCUGUAUGCAAUAAAGAUCCUGAAGAAGGACGUGGUGAUCCAGGACGAUGACGUAGAAUGUACCAUGGUGGAGAAGAGAGUCCUGGCCCAGCAGGACAAGCCGCCCUUCCUCACACACCUCCACUCGUGCUUCCAGACCGUGGACCGUCUUUACUUUGUCAUGGAGUAUGUGAACGGGGGAGACCUCAUGUACCAUAUCCAACAAGUGGGCAAGUUCAAGGAACCUCAGGCAGUGUUCUAUGCAGCAGAGAUCGCUGCUGGUCUCUUCUUCCUGCACAUUAAAGGAGUCAUCUACAGGGAUCUGAAGUUGGACAACGUGAUGCUGGACUUUGAGGGACACAUCAAGAUUGCUGACUUUGGCAUGUGUAAAGAGAACAUGAUAGAAGGAGUGACCACACGCACCUUCUGCGGCACUCCAGACUACAUCGCCCCAGAGAUCAUUGCAUAUCAGCCAUAUGGACGCUCCGUAGACUGGUGGGCUUAUGGAGUUCUGCUCUACGAAAUGCUGGCAGGACAGCCUCCGUUUGAUGGAGAGGAUGAAGAUGAGUUGUUCCAGUCCAUCAUGGAGCACAACGUGUCCUACCCCAAGUCCAUGUCCAAAGAAGCUGUCUCCAUCUGCAAAGGGCUGAUGACCAAACACCCAUCCAAGCGUCUGGGCUGCGGCCUCGAGGGAGAGAGGGACAUUAGAGAACACGCCUUCUUCAGACGCAUCGACUGGGAACGCCUCCAGAACAGGGAGAUACAGCCGCCCUUCAAGCCCAAAGUGGGCUCCAGUUCCUCUAAUAAGUGUGGCAAAGGAGCAGAGAACUUUGACAAGUUCUUCACGCGCACCCAGCCGAUGCUCACACCGCCAGACGAGCUGGUCAUCGCCAACAUCGACCAGGCCGAGUUUGCAGGGUUCUCUUUCAUCAACCCACAGUUUGUAAACCCGACGGUCACUGUGGUCAACAGUGUAUGAGAAGGAUGGGGGAACCACCCUGAAGAACCUCCCUGCUCACUGCCACCCCACUCAAAGCAGCAACCGCCAACCUAACAUCUGACCACAGGCCCACUAUAAACCUUUAUGUAUUGGUUUUAUUCGUAAGCAGCAUUCUAGGGCAUGCAUAUUUGUUCUGUGGAAUAUAUUUGCCAGUAUAGAUUAUAUAGAUUAGAUUGGUUCUUACCCAUAAUAAGAAAUAAUUUCCUUUAGUUGAAUGAUCCUUGAUAUCUUUCUUUACCGCUGCAAUUUGUAUUGAAGGUUUACAAUAACUGGAGAAAGAAGGAUGUCAGGGUUUAUUUAUCUGUGAUGAAAUUUAGAAGUUAAAUUAAUCUAUGCCGAUAUAAGCACGAGAAUAGCAUUUAAGGAAUGGACUAAUUGAUUCUGGAAAAUCUUUUCAUGCAUACAAAUCUCAAAUAAUAUGGUCUACAGAUCACAGUUUGUUUCUUUAUGGAUAAUUAUCCCAAUGCAGAUGUGAAAAACACUCUCUCAUAAGGCAAUUAUGAAGGACAGGUGGUGCAGGCGUUGAAACAGCACCGUGUGAUUCAACGUUUCCUGUAUCAUGUUUACAGUUUUCUUCCCCGUUUGAUUUCACGGUGACGGUAUAAAAUGAUAUUUUAGUACAAUUCGAUUCUGGCCAAUCUCAACUUCCAGUGUGCGUAGCAAAUCAACGAAAGAACGAAUGGCUAGAUAAUAUGCAGACUGUAAAGAUGCAAAUAUGUGAGACGCACAGGUAUGAAAGUGUGUCAGGGUUGGUUCCAAUUUUUUAGCGUCUUAGCUUAUCACCCUAUUUUACCUGCUUUUAAAAGUCCACACACCUAUUUUCUAGCCCUUUCUUGAGCUGCAGAUUGUAUACUUCCCUUGUCAAUAAUUUUGUGGACACUAUGUGGACACACAGUAAUCAGUUUAGUAUGUGGGCAGUGGUAGAACAUUCUUAUAUCUACCUUAGAUAAAAGUCAAACCUAAAACGUUUACAUGUUUUUAACGCUAGUCGGUGUUAACCACUGUCUCUGUCCCUUGCUACGCCCAUAAGCCUCCCAUUGCUGAUAAAUGUCUCAACAGAAACAGUAAAGACAUUUAGAUUAUUUUUUUUUUAGAAUAUAACAUGAUAUCAUAGUGUAUUAACCAUCCAAUGUUAUAUUGCAUACAGUAUAAUCACGCCCGCAAGCGUAGAUAUUUGUUAGUUUUCUUAGAUACAGAAGUUGCAAAUCGAUAGGAGCAUUUCUUCUGACAAUGUCCUGAGAACAAACUCACCCUUCAUUAGGAGUGUGUCAACACAAUCAUUAUUAGUUAAAUCACUUUUUUUUUCAUCCCUUUUUCUUCAAUGUCUUUAAAAAUAGAUUUUACUCUCGUCUUCUUUUGUGAUCUCAUACAUAUUUUUCCAUUAGAUUCAUAUAUUAAUGCGCCAGUGCAUAACUCCUUUGUAAAUAAUCAUGAGUUGUUUAAAAAGAGUAUAGCAAGCUACAGUUUUUAUACCAACACCUGAAUGUGCUUUUAUUACAUUAAUUAUAUAAACCAAUAUUUGUAUGUGUAAAAAAAAAAAGAAAAAUUCAACAUUUAAGAAAGUAACCCAGUACAGAUCAACUUUGUAACAGCUGGAUGUCUUUAACAGAGUCCAGAUUUAGCAAGUUGUGAGGUAUAUCUGUUCUACUUGUUUUGGCAGAUUUAUCAAAACUUUUAUUUUCUUUAUUCAUAUUCAACGACUUUGACUGCAAAUUGUGUGUUGAUUGGAUGCGUGUCUGGCUGUUGACUGUCCCUCUGUAUCUGCAUGCUGUUGGAAGGCAUCAUUCAUGCACGUGAUGAUCCGCUAAAGGCCGCAUGCUACCAAGUAUAAAACCCCUGAGAGUUACAGUACAACCUCAAAGUGAUACUCCACUC